AUGGAAGAAGAUUUGAGGAACUUAAGCAAGGUAUGGAUCUCUGCUUUAGUAUCCAUCUGUUAUUGUUAUUUCAUAUCAUCCAGAAUCUCAAAAGGUGUUCUUAGGCUCCUCUCCAUCCUUCCAGUCUGUGUUCUGUUUCUUGUUCUUCCUCUCUUUCUCUCUUCUGUGCACUUUUGCGGCAGCACAGCGCUUUUCUUCUCAUGGCUUGCAAAUUUCAAGCUUCUUCUCUUUGCUUUUGAUCAAGGACCUUUGUGUCCACUUCCUCCAAAUCUCUACCGUUUCAUCUGCUUUGCUUGUUUCCCCAUCAAAGUAAAACAAAAUCCAUCUCCAAGUGGCAUCACAAAACGUCUUCGUAAGAAUGAACCUAAAGCUAAAUGGGUUUUGGCUGUCAAAAUUUUGAUCUUUGGUGUCUUGUUACAUAUCUAUGAAUACAGCGACAGUUUGCCUCGGUUUGCUGUUUUGGCUAUAUAUUGUCUCCACAUUUACCUUGAGGUUGAACUUGUUUUGGUGUUUGUUGGGGCCGUGGUAUCUACACUUCUUGGCUGUGACAUUGAGCCGGUUUUCGAUGAGCCAUACCUAGCCACCUCUCUACAAGACUUUUGGAGCCGCAGAUGGAACCUCAUGGUUUCAGCUGUACUACGAUCAACCGUCCACAUUCCGGUUCAGCGUUUUGCCACACGCUUUCUCGGUCCAAACACAGCUGUGUUAGUAGGGGUCAUGGCCUCGUUCCUUGUCUCGGGUUUGAUGCACGAGCUGGUCUACUUCUACGCAAUUCGUCUGCCUCCAACUUGGGAGGUCACUUGUUUCUUUGUGUUGCACGGUGUAGCCACUACCAUAGAGAUAGCGGUGAAGAGAAAACUGAGGUGGAGACCACCGCAUAGGGGUGUUUCAGGUCUCGCUGUUCUUGUGUUUGUGGGCGUAACCGGCGCUUGGCUCUUCCUUCCUCAACUGCUGAGAAACAAUGUUCAUGAAAAGGGGAUUAGUGAAUGUUUGUUGGUUAUUGACCUUGUCAAACGCAAGUUGUUCAUUUCUUCUCCAUGA